AUGGCCGUGUUCGACGCCAUCGACCUGCUCCUGCGCUACGAGACGCCGCUCGUGAAGGACAUGGAGCCCGAGGACGACGUGCUCGAGUGGGUGGCCGCGUACGUCGGCAGCGACGGCUUCCAAGAGGCCAUCGACGCCUUCUGCGGCGCCCACGCGAGCCACUUUGCCAUUCUCCUCACGAAAGGCGGACCCUGUGCGGCCGCGCUGGACGAAGUCGAGCCGUCGUGGAAGGAGCUGCACGAGGCGUUCAUUGACACGGCCAACGCGCACAUUGAGGCGUUCCUCGUUGCCAGAGGCUUUACGAUGGAGCAGUACUGCACGCGCUGCGACGAGGAGAUGGCGCUGUCGGAAGAGCGCCAGCGACACACGCGGCUGAGCUUCUUGGUGCAGAUCUUGCUCUCGUGCUGCGAGUACGAGCAGUUCCUGAACCUCAUGAAGCGCGUGGCGGACCCCGAGUACUAUGACAAGAAGGAGCUGCAGUGUGAGGCCGAGAACGUGGUCUACAAGGCCGAGGAGAAGGGCGGGGCAGGCGGUGGCGGAACUGCCGAGCGCGUGGCUGGCGCUCAGGCGUUUUUAGACUUUUUCCAGGCCAAUCCCGACGUGACACUGGACGAGCUGACGCAGGAAUUCCACAAGCAGAUGCAGUUGACGUGA